AACUUUUUCAGUUGGGUUGAUGCCAAGACUGAGAGCUAGUGGCCAUGGAUCUGAAGAAUAGUCAAAGUUGCAUAUCUGAGUCAUAUGAACUCUUCAGCAGUGUCCCAGAAGUAGCCCGUGAACAACCAUGUAUUAUGGGUAUAGAUGAAGCAGGAAGAGGACCUGUGCUGGGUCCUAUGGUUUAUGGUACCUGCUACUGUCCUGUUCUCUAUGGUGAGGAACUAAAGGACUUGAAGUUUGCAGAUUCAAAGACACUCACUGAAGCUCAACGACUGUCCUUUUUCCAGACCAUAGACAACAAUGAACAUAUGGGAUGGGGUCUAGAAGUGAUAUCACCAUCAUUGAUCAGUAACAGCAUGUUUAAACGAGCCAAGUAUAAUUUGAACAUGCUGUCACAUGAUACUGCCAAGAAGCUGAUCGAGAAAGUGUUAGCCCGUGGUGUCAAAUUGGAAAAGGUCUUCCUUGAUACAGUUGGGCCUCCAGAAAAAUAUCAGGCCAAAUUGUCUGCAUUCUUUCCAAAUCUGGAAAUCACUGUGUCAAAGAAGGCUGAUUCAUUGUUUCCUAUUGUGAGUGCUGCAAGUAUUUGUGCAAAAGUUGCACGUGAUCAAGCUCUUAAAGAAUGGGUGCUUGAAGAGGCUGAGUCUGAGGCCAAUGAUGAAGGCUGGGGAAGUGGAUAUCCUGGAGAUCCUGCCACGAAGAAGUUCUUGAAAGAACAUAUUGAUCCAGUUUUUGGGUUUCCUGACCUGGUUCGCUUCAGCUGGUCCACAGCCAAAGAACUCAUGGAGAAGCACUGUGUAAAAGUUUUGUGGGAUGAUGAAGAUCUGGAAGAAGCAUCUCCUCGGAAAAGACAAAGGAGCAUUGCAAGUUUUUUUGGAGGACAUGAUGUGCAGGAAUCCAGGCAAAGAAGCAUGUUUUUCAAAGAAAGGUGCUUGAGGCCACUCUCAUCAUGGGAAGCAAAGUGAUUUAUGGAGUGUACCAGAGUGACUUGUAGUCAUUAAAAGGGAAUCUCAAUGUGAAAUCUGUGUAAAAGUUGCCAUGCUAUUUCAUGUGUAUCCAUCAGAGGUUACCAACCAUUGGCCCUUGGGAGACUGUAUUAUGUUACCUCCAAAUUCAGAUGGUUAUUAUUUUUAUUUUACUAGCUAACUUUUAAUUAGUAAGGAAUGUACAGGGUAUUUCAAAAGUCCAGACUCAGGCAGAUUUCCUAAUUUACCUUUAUUUCAUCAAAUGUUCAAAUUGCAUGCCAUGAACUUGCAUACACAUAUCAAUCCGAGCGAGCACAUAACCCCCUCUGAAUAUUUCUUAGUACUUCUGUACUAAUUUUGGUGCACUCAUUCAUUGAGAAAUUUAAUUGAUUAAAAAUACCCAUGAGUAUGAACUUUUGAAACACCCUGUACAUUAAUUCAAGCAACAUCAAACUUGUAGUGUGUUAACCCUUCAAGCAUGACUUUCCUGGAAGGCAGCAGCACCUUCAUUGUGAGACUGGCAUAUGACACUGCACAUUCUUGAGGGUUAAACAUCAUGAAGAACAUCAAUGGAAUCACUAGCCAUGCAAUCAGCUUGAAAGGGAUGCUUGAUGCUGAAGUGCACUUUUGCAUUUAAAGAUGCCCAAAAGAUUCCAUAUUUACUUGUGCCAUUCACUUGAAAUAUAUGCUUUGUGGCCACUUACUCCUCAGGCAUUUUUGGUGCUCACCAAGCUGGCACAAGGAACUGGUUUUGGAAUAAGUGCCUCUUCAACCCUGAAGAUGUAUUUUACAGUAUGGCAGUACAUCAUGCAUUGACUCUCCCCCAGCCCUAUGAUGCAUUACCUCUUCCCAAGAAGUGUAAUUAGUGAAAGUGCAAUAGGGGAAGUACUUGGUGUUUAUAAAAGCUAGCAGUGUAAGACUCCAGUGUCUUUUACAGCGAAAUCAGUAUUAAAUUUAAAACAAUGGGACCUUGGAAAAUUCUGAGUUACUAAGGAUUUCAUGUCAUCCAGGUUCAGUUUCAGAGAUCGGUUUUUGCUGGUUAAUAUUAUCCUGAACUAUGCUGAGAAUUUAUUUAUGCAGUUAAAAAGACUAAAUUCCCUUUUCCUAAACAAUUAUACGAAAAGUGAUUGGUACCACAACCAGCUGUGUAGUACAGCAGUGCAUGCUUUGGCAGGAAACCUGAAUCUCUUAUGUAUUCAAGAGCAUCUUUGUAUCUUUCAUGUGGCAACUUGUGUGCUGCUGUGACUGAAAUUUGUCUUAUUUUGUAUCUUCCUGCAGAUUUUGUCCAUUUUAAAAUUCAGUUUCAUGCAAAAGAGAGCUUAGUCUUUCAUCUUUUCCAAUGCUAAAAGAGUUUUUGUGUUCAGCUUGAUUUAGUGGAAGAAAAAUCCAUUUGUGAGCAUUUUUUUUUGACACCCUGUGCUUUGCUUGUUUGCAAGAGCUGAAUCGGUCCAACAGUUUACCAGUUGUGGGCUUUAUGCAGGCUUCCUUGGACUUGAGUUAAUAAAGUUUUUCUUUGUGAUUUUCAUUAAAGAAA